CAACUUUAUCGUCACCCAACUAACGAAACAUACCGUCCGUACCUUGCUUGAUUGAUUUGCCUCCCACCGAACCUCGUCACAUCCACCACCACAACUCUACGAUUCCCACGCCGGCGACGAAAUAACCAAAACAGAUUACACAGCUACGGCUUCGAUCUCACCAUUCCUCAUUCCCUCAGAGAUCUCCAUGCCAAUCGACACCUAGCUCGUGAAAUCUACGCCGCGCGAUCUGUUCCUGUUCCCGCUACCUAGACCAGACCCCACAAAGACGACGACGACUGCCUCGUUGUCCUCCCUCCCCUCCCUCCCACCACCACCACAACCACCUCAACCACUACCGCAACGAUGGCCGGAUCCCGCAACUAUGACUUCCUGAUCAAGCUCCUCCUCAUCGGCGACUCGGGCGUCGGCAAGUCCUGCUGCCUCCUGCGCUUCAGCGAGGACUCCUUCACCCCUUCCUUCAUCACCACCAUCGGCAUCGACUUCAAGAUCCGCACCAUCGAGCUGGACGGAAAGCGCGUUAAGCUGCAGAUCUGGGAUACGGCGGGCCAGGAACGCUUCCGCACCAUUACGACGGCGUACUAUCGCGGCGCUAUGGGAAUUUUAUUAGUCUACGAUGUCACAGAUGAGAGGAGUUUUAACAACAUCCGCACCUGGUUCUCCAACGUCGAGCAGCACGCCACGGAAGGCGUGAACAAGAUCCUCAUCGGCAACAAGUGCGACUGGGACGACAAGCGCACCGUGUCGACCGAGCGCGGCCAAGCCCUCGCCGACGAGCUGGGCAUCCCCUUCCUCGAGGUCAGCGCAAAGGCGAACAUCAAUGUCGAGAAGGCCUUCUUCAGCCUCGCGGCGGAUAUCAAGAGACGGAUUGUCGAUAGCGCGAAGACGGAGGAGAGUAAGGGGGUUGAUGUGGCGCAGGGAAGCAGUGGGGGUGGGAAGUGCUGUUAGACGGGUUGUGAUGGGUGUGAUGGGU